ACUGCACUCAGAGGGGCAGGCACCUGCAGGUCUGGAUUCUCCGUCCCCAAGGAGACCCCAGCAUGUGGGGAUACCUGUCCCUGCUGCCUGCCUUCCUGGCAUUCUGGGCUACUGCUGGCAUCUGGACCGUUUUUUCGCUUGCUGUGGCCAACAAGGCUGUGAACCUCACGGAAGGCUUCCCCUAUAUCAGUCGAUGUGGAAAUAGCCCCCCUCAGAGCUGCAUCUUCAGCCAGGUGCUCAACUUGGGAGCUGCUUUGGCCGCCUGGACCUGCAUUCUCCGUUACCAGCAGCUUCGGGACUGGGGGGUCGGAAAGUGGCCUAACCAGCUGAUCCUGUGGACGGGGCUCCUCUGCGCCCUGGGCACCUCCAUAGUGGGCAAUUUUCAGGAAAAGAACCAGCGGGCCACGCACCUGACGGGGGCCUUCUUCGCCUUCUUCGUGGGAAUAUUCUACUUCUGGCUGCAGCUCCUUCUCUUCUGGAGGGUGAAGAGCCUGCCCCAGCCUGGGGCUCCCUGGAUCGGGCCACUCCGUCUGGUCCUCUGCAGCAUUUGCACCAUCCUCACGGUGGCCAUGGUCGUCCUGCACACCUGGUCACUGCGCUCAGCCUCUGCCGCCUGUGAGUGGGUCGUCGCCAUGCUGCUGUUCACCCUCUUUGGCCUCUUUGCGGUGGACUUCUCCGGCCUGGACGGCUGCACCCUGUGCCUCCAGCCGGGCCCUGGCAGCCCGAGCCCCCCGCCGGCCUCCCCCAUCGCCCUGAAGGUCCAGCUCUGAACGCCUGGUCAGCGUGGCAUCUUCACACCUCCUGUCCCUGCCAUCUGGUUCCGCCCCUGCAACCAGGGCCACCCAGGAAGCGAGAGGCCAAGGCCAGCCAGCCAUCCCUGAUCAAGGAUAUUUAUUAUUAUUAAUUUUUUUUUUUUUUUGCCGCUGGCGGAAUCAGAGACACGGACGCAGGCAGGAUCACGCGAAAUCAGAAUUCCUUCCGGAGAGCAAAUCCGUACAGAAGGUCG